AUGGCUCGUACUCUGUGGAAUUUGGUGCUCCUUGUCGCCUUACCCGGCCUAUCGUCUGCCGCUCUCCCCACCGUGGUAGGAGACUCGUGCAACCAGUAUGCUGGGACGGCCAACGUGACGACUGGGGUGACCAAAUGGCUCGGUAUUCGAUACGCCGCUCCUCCCGUUGGUGAUUUGAGGUUCAUGCCCCCUCAGGAUGCGCCUUGCCAGACUGGUGUUCAGAACGCAACUCAGCACGGGCCGAUAUGCAUAGGGACUGGAGAUACCGAGAGUGCCACUCGCUCGGAAGACUGUCUUUUCCUCGACGUCUACGCGCCGUCCAAUGCCACAUCCACCUCCAAGCUCCCGGUCGUCAUGUUCAUCCAGGGUGGCGGCUUCAACAAGAACUCCAACUCUAAUUACGAUGGUACAGGGCUAGUCAAGGCCGGUGAUUACGGCCUGAUCGCCAUAACUUUCAAUUAUCGCGUCGGGCCCUAUGGCUUCCUCACCAACGGCAACCAGGUCAAGCCCAACAACGGGCUGAAGGACCAGCGCAAGGCGCUCGAGUGGAUAAAGAAGAACAUUGCGCAGUUCGGUGGCGACCCGAACCACGUCGUCUUGAUCGGUGGUUCAGCUGGAGGGGCGAGCAUAUCCCUGCAGCUGAUCGCGUACGGCGGCAAGGACGAGGGCUUGUUCCACGGGGCAGCCGCCACCGCGGUGUCGUUCGCGACGGUGCUUACCAUAGAGCAGUCUCAGUACCAGUACGACAACUUUGCCAUCCUGGCAGGCUGUGCUGUUGCCGACUCGCUGGCCUGCCUGAGGUCAAAAAACACCACCGAGCUGCAGGCUGCCAACCAGCCGAGCGCUUACCCGGGCGCCGCCCAGGCCCCGCUGUACAUGUGGAAUCCCGUGAUUGACGGCGACAUGCUGACCGAGCUGACCUAUACCGCCUUCGAAGAGGGAAGAUUCCUCCACGUCCCGGUCAUCUUUGGCACGUCAACAAACGACGGGCGAUCGUUCGUCCCUCGAGGAACGUCGACGCUCGGUCAGAGCAACACCUUCCUGAAAGACCAGUUCCCGUACAUGACGAUUGAACAGCUCGGCAAGAUCAACGACAUGUAUCCUAACGAUAACAAAACCUGCCCUGAUAUAGGCUGCUACUUUGGGCAGGCCAGCGCAGCGUACGGCGACGUGCGCUACAUGUGUCCCGGAAUGUGGAUCUCUUCGAUAUAUGAGAAGUUUGGACAGGGAAGCAAGUCUUGGAACUACCGAUAUGACGUCGAGGACCCGAAGCAGAUCGCUGCGGGAGAUGGUGUGCCACACACGUCCGAGAACCAAGCCAUCUUUGGCCCCGAGUACACUCUGGGUGCGGCACCGGCAAGCCUCUACCCCGGCCAGAGCAAUGCGCACGCUGUCGAUGUCACGCAGGCAUACUGGACCAGCUUCAUCAGGACUCUGGAUCCCAACACGCAUAAGCUCGCGGACGCGGUCCACUGGGAUACUUGGACGGACGCGGGUCACAAGCGAUUGCUCAUCGCGACGGGCGGCAAGUCGAGCAUGGAGGUUGUGGACGACAAGACCCAGGAGAGGUGUAAAUACAUAACUUCGAUCGGCGUUGCCAUCAAGCAGUAA